AACAAACACCCAAUUUCUGCACCAGGCUCAACAUCCUCGCCAAAGGCAUAGAGCCCGUGGCACUCUCCGCCCAGAACCUGCUGAGCUGCGCCGAGCUGGGUCAACAGGGGUGCCAAGGGGGCCAGAUUGACCGGGCAUGGAACUACCUGAGGAAGGUCGGGAUUGUGAUGGAGGAGUGUUAUCUCUACGAGAGCGGCUGGUCCGGGAAGGUGCCAAAGUGCUAUGAGCAGAAUGAGGGGAGGAAUGAUGAAAAUUGCAAGAACCACUACAAGACCGAGCCCGCCUUCGUAUAUCCGAGAAGGAAGAGGACAUCCAGUGGGAGAUCCCUGAACAACGGGCCUGUGCAAGCCCUGAUGACGGUACACCCCGACUUCUUCCUGUACCAGACGGGCGUGUACACCCACACAGGCCUCGGGGGAAAAGGCUCGGCCACCCACUCCGUCAAGCUCAUUGGGUGGGGCGAGGCGAGGGUCAUGGGCGUGGGAAUCGUCAAGUAUUGGCUGGCGGAGAAUUCCUGGGGCAGCAGCUGGGGCGAGCGAGGCUACUUCAAGAUUCGUCGUGGAUCCAAUGAGUGUGGGAUCGAAUCCUUUGUGCUGGCGGUGAGAGCGCGCUUGGGGAAUUUCGUCUAUGGAAGGUACUGAAAAAGGAGAGAAAUGCCAAGAAAGAGAGAAAGAAGAGAGAGUAAGAGAGAAGAAGACAUAGAGAAAUGUGAUUUUAAGAAAGGUAUCAAUGUUAGAAAGUAAGAAAGGGAGAUGUGAUGAAUAAAGGAAUCAGAUUAAGAUAGGAUUCAAUGAGUGUGGGAUCGAAUCCUUUGUGCUGGCGGUGAGAUCGCGCUCGGGGUCUUUCGUCUAUAGAAAGUACUAUAAAGGAGAGAAAUGCCAAGAAAGAAUAUAAAAGGAGAAAUAAAGAAAUGUAGGAAGU